AUGGGGUGGCAGUGUGGUGGGCUGUGGGGCGGCUGUGUCUGGAGGGCGGCUGUCUUGCAGGCAGCGUGUGCCAUGGGGGACUGGAGCCUGCUGGGGCGGCUGCUGGAGAACGCCCAGGAGCACUCCACAGUGGUGGGGAAGGUCUGGCUCACUGUCCUCUUCGUCUUCCGCAUCCUGGUGCUGGGGGCAGCCGCUGAGCGGGUCUGGGGUGACGAGCUGUCUGGCUUCUCCUGCGACACGCAGCAGCCCGGCUGCCAGAACGCCUGCUAUGACAGCACCUUCCCCAUCUCCCAUCUCCGCUUCUGGGUCCUGCAGAUCAUCUUUGUCUCCACCCCCAGCCUUGUGUAUCUGGGCCACAUCCUGCACCUGGUGCAUCUGGAGGAGAAGGCACAGCAGCAAGCGGCAGUGCGGGCCGGCAGCGGGGCCAGGCGGCCGCGCCCCAGGCAGCCCCAGCUCCCUGCAGGGGACACACGGGGACGGGUCUGCAUGCGGGGGGCCAUCCUGAGGACGUACAUCUGCAACGUUGUCUUCAAGGCUCUCUUGGAAGUGGCCUUCAUUGUGGGCCAGUACGCCUUGUACGGGUUCCAGCUGAAGCCCCUCUACACCUGCAGCCGCUGGCCCUGCCCCAACACUGUCAACUGCUACAUCUCCCGGCCCACUGAGAAGACCAUCUUCAUCCUCUUCAUGCUGGGGGUGGCCUGCGUUUCCCUGCUGCUCAACCUGGUGGAGAUCUACUACCUGGGUCUCACCAAGUGCCGGCAGGGGCCAGGCCCCAAGUCCCGUAUCAUAACCACUCCCAGUGGCCCUUUAGGGCCCCGCAGUGCCCAUGUCACCCUGCCCGGGGUUGGCAGCCCCCUGGCUGCUGGCAGAUCCCCCCACGGCCUGGCACCCCUGAAGAAGGCGGGAGCAUGGCUAGGGGUGGCUGGUGGGUCCCACGGGGAGAUGCGAGCGGCAGACCUGGCAGUGUGAACGUGGCCUGCUGGGAUGGUCAGGGAUGGGGGAUGCACUGGUGGCCACAGCGGUGGUUCAGUCUCCAGGCCCUGCCAGGUCCGUGACAUGGAUCCCGUGGCCAGCACGAGAGUUGGGCAUGGCCCUGGGCACACGGCUCAGCUGCUCCCAGCACUCCUGGGAGCAGCAGGGCUGAGAGUAAAACUGGGAUGGGGGAGCAAAUAAACACUCACUGCACCUCCCUUGACUCCUGCUCUGCCCACAUGGCAUUGCUCUCUGAC